AUGGCCGCCUCAACAGUGAAACCAGCAGCAGCUACGAACACGGCCAGAAGCAGAGGGAUCGCCUACGAUGAAACUGCUAGAGCUGCCGCAGUCACGCAGCUAGGAAAGCAUGUGUCCAGGUCUCCAGGGGCCUUCUUCGUUUGUGAUGUUGGAAAAGUGUGUUUGCAACAACUGAUUGGUUCCUCAAGCAGAACGUCUGACCUGCCGGAGAUAUAUUGCACGCUGCUCUCGAUAGCGCAAGAUGCGAACUUGAGCAAGCUGGCAGAGAUAGUGAACGAAACAUCCGAGGGCGCCGCUCUGCAGGCGUUUACAACAACGAACGUCAGAGACAGCUUCGCAAUUGAUGUCACUGCCGACACUUUGGCUGUUGUGGAAAGCAUUUCCACGUAUGUGGAUUUCGGCGAGCUGGAGGCAGCGCAAAAUGACGACGAGGGGUUAAGGACCUACCGAAAGUUCUUUAAUUACCUCCUACUUGUAGUGACGAUCGGUGCUGUGAAUCGGUCAGCGUACUAUUACACGGAGCUUCUGUCGCUUCUGUUUCUACAGACUCCUUUUUCAAUAGGGAACAAUACAAGAAUAGUUACAUUUGAUGGUGUGACAACAAUGCGUCAUUUCUGGGGGUUUCUGGAAAACCCAAUGAUUGAAGGCCUCUACCGGAGUUCCAUAAUUACCACAACGAAAGCGGAAAUAGCAGGGCAAGACAGAAAGGUGUUAAACGAAAAUAAGGUGCUUGGAGUGCCACGCCUCAGACAGCUAAGGGUUCGAAAUGAUUCUUGUGAAGUACCAGCCAUAUUCACCAGAACUUUUUCUACCUGUUACGAUGCGUACUCUUCUGCUGCAGAAGAAAAGGAGCCAUUCGGACCGAGGAACACUACAGCCUGGAGAUACACCUCUAGUGAAGAAUUAGAUGGUAUCAGUUAUAUGGGAACUAUUUCGAAUUAUCACGGAGGAGGCUAUUACCAGGAUCUGUCUAUUGUACCAAAUGAGACAGUAAAUAUUGUGGCAAGUUUGAAAAAGAAUCUAUGGAUUAACCGAUCAACCCGAGCUGUAUUUUUGGAUUUUACCGUAUAUAACGCAAACAUCAAUUUAUUCUGCGUAAUAAAGCUGCUCUUUGAAUUCCCGCCGACGGGUGGUGUCCUCAGCUCUCAUGACUUCACAACCAUGAAGUUAAUACGUUAUGUUGAACCAUUAGAUUACGCUGUAAUGGGCUUUGAAUUUUUAUUUAUAUUUUUUGUCCUUUUCUUCACUAUGGAAGAAGUGAUAGAAAUGAUGUUUUUCAAAUUACAAUACCUCUUUCACUUCUGGAAUUACAUAGAUUUGGUGAUUUUACUGUUAAAGAGUUCAGAAUAG